AUGGCUUCAGAGAACGGUGUAAGACCGGCCAAACGGUCUCGUUUUGAUAUGAUGGAGCCUCCUCCGUCCAAUUCGCCAAUUCCAAAUGCUGAACAAGUUGAGGAAGUUAUUGCUAAUGCAAGAAAAGCCCUUGGAGAAAGAAUUCGACAAAACAAUUCUUCCUUACUACCGACAAGCCUAACCCAAGUUAAAACAGAGCCAGCAGAAGAUACCAGUGCCAUGGCUAAAUUGGACAGCAAAGCGAGGAUAGCUUUGCUUACAGCGCAGAUUCAAGCGAGGAUGGCUAACCAGACACUUGUCAAUCCUAAUCCCGAUGACAAGGGUAAGCCUUUAAGGCCAACACCUUUAAUUCUGAACGCAGAAGGACGGACAGUAGAUCAGUCUGGCAAGGAAGUGCAGUUGAUUCAGCGAAUGCCAACUCUGAAGGCAAACAUAAGAGCACAAAAGAAGGAGCAGUUUGUCAAGUUGAAUCACGAGAAGCAGUCUGGCAGUUCAGCGGAGGUAAAGUUCGUUGAUAACCGCUUGGACAUAAAGGCACCAGUCAGGCAAAAGCGAGGAUUCAAGUUCGUUGAAAAAGGCACUUUUGAGACGAUUGGACAGAAAAUCCGAACCAAGGCACAGCUUGAGCUGCUGCAAAAGGAGAUUGCCCAAAAGGCAAAAAAGACGGGCAUCAGUUCGGCUGCUCGAUUAGCUCUGCUCAGCUCCAUCGUUCCUAAGAAACAGUCAAAGGAAGACGAAAUUCCUGAUGUCGAGUGGUGGGACAGUUUUGUCAUGAAAGAUUCUACUUAUGAAGAGUCAAUCUCUAAUCAGAAUGAGCCGAAGAACAAGUAUGACGGCAUUACUCACCUCAUUGAGCAUCCUGUUCAAAUGAAACCACCUCAUGAGCCAACCAAAACUGUCCUGUUACCUGUUUUUCUCACGAAACAAGAGCAAAAGAAGCUGCGUCGACAGAAUCGGCGAGAAGCGUGGAAGGAGAAACAAGACAAGAUCCGAAUGGGUCUAGAGCCGCCACCAGAGCCCAAGUUGAAGCUGUCCAAUAUGAUGAGAGCACUCGGACAGCAGGCAGUUCAAGAUCCCACCAAGAUCGAGGCACAUGUUCGAGAGCAAAUGCUCAAGCGGCAAAAAGCACACGAAGAGGCAAAUGCUGCCAGACAGCUGACCGGUGAGCAGAAGAAGCAAAAGAAGAUUCGCAAGAUAAAGGAAGACACAUCACUGGGUGUGAACGUCACCGUGUAUCGAGUUCUCAACCUGAACAAUCCUGCCAAAAAGUUCAAGGUGGAAGCGAACAUCAAACAGCUGCUGCUGACCGGUGUGGUGGUCAUCUACAAGAACAUCAAUGUGGUCGUUGUGGAAGGUGGCCCCAAGCAGCAGAAAAAGUUCAAACGGCUAAUGCUCAAUCGAAUCAAGUGGUCAGAGGAUCCGGCGAUGACUGAAAACAUCGACAAAAAGUCGGAAAACAAGUGCUUCCUUGUGUGGGAGGGCCUGGUGAAGACACGCGCCUUUGGGGAGAUCAAGUUUAAAAUGAGCCCUAACGAGAGCUUUGCCCGGGAAGUGUUCAAGAACCACGGCGUCGAGCACUACUGGGACCUGGCCUACAGCAUGUCCAUUUUGGACUCGGCUGAAACCUAA